AAUUGAGAUCAUGAACUUUUUCUUCGAUUUUACUGAUCGCGAAUUCGGUCCGAUUAAGCCUGCGGUUUUGACCGACUCUGACACCCGAGCACGUGCAACUGUGAUGAAUAUUCGCUCGAUAUCGUCUGGGACGAAUGUCGUUUGCUUGACGGACCUGUCUUCGUACACAUUGGACUACUUCAGUUCUGCAAAUCUGACCUCGACGUCACAGAAAGACCAAGUGGUUGUGCGAUCAUACUACGCCAGAAAUUCAGGUUUCACGUAUGCGUCGGGAUCUGCUGUUCCGACUGACGAUUGUGUGAGGAUGGAAGCCGAGAUCCAAAUUACGGACCACCCGCUCAACACCGACGGAGCCGUUUUCAACGUCUCCGUAGGCUCUAGGGUAGGAGGCGUGAUCGAGAUUGAGCUACAGAAAAUCCAAGUUAUUCGCGUCCCAGGCAAGGCGGACAUCGUGGUUGAAAUGACGUCCCUCAACCCGAACACGACUGUUCACCAACCCAACGAUCAAGUGCCCAUAAGAUUGCUGAUUCAUCACUCGGUAAAUUCCACCGAGGAACCCACCAAUCCCAUAAUUCGGGUGAUUUUCCCACCUUACAUGAGCUUCGACCCCGUGACAGCCGGCGUUGUCGAAAAUUCCACGGCUUACACUGUCGUGACAACGAAGCAAAACACGUCCGUCGAUUUCCAGUUCCCGAUGCUGUUGUUCGUCGACUGGAUAGAGCUCAACUUUUCGCUCGUAGCGAACCCUACGAGGAUGGAAACUCCAGCAUCGGUUGGGCUCGGAGUAAGCGCGGUGACCCUAGCCAGGGCUGUGUGCACCAACUCUACGGCGUUUUACCAUUGCGGCGACAUCAGUGCGGCGAGUUAUCUCAUCAGCAGUGUUGGUUGUGCAAGCGGCAGCCUCGGCAUGUCUAGUUCCGCGCUCAUUCAAGAUUGCCAAAUCACAGCUUCGACAGCCGCUACUGCGGCAUUUGCUCCGCAAAAUGCCAGACCUGGGGGAAGCACAUAUUGGGCACCUGCACUCGGGUCUGUUGAACCGUAUAUCGAGUUACACUUCGGCAACUUGACCGAAAUCAGUGCUGUUUCCGUCGCGCUCGCCGCCGAUUCGGCCUCGAUCACAGGCUUCAAACUCAUGUCCAGCUUCGACGGAGUAUCAUAUUCAGAAGCAGCCUCAGGAACGACUUUGCCAUUCACUGUUCCAUCGGCGUUCGUUACCCGAUUCCUGCGCUUUGUCAUCACAAGUGUGUCUGACACGACGAAAAAACUCACCAAGAUCCAGAUCGACCCUCAAGGUUGUUUCAGAGCAUUGGACGUCACGAUCAGCGAUACGUGCCCGUACGUUCCACCGACUCGAUUUACCGACAAUAUCAAAACUUGGCGACAUGCUGUCGUAGAUGCUACGAACAAAAUUGUGUACUUCUGUAUUUAUCAUACUAUCAAAAUGCGCACCUUAUGCUACAGUGGAGCCACAGAUGGAACCGUUUGGCAAGCUGCUCCUCCGUACAUCGGGUACUUUUCCGGGGUAGACAAAUCAGUGAAACCCCCGAGAGCAUUGUGCGUCGAUGCCAAGGACGCUGCUUACGUGUACACCAAGGACGGACUCUUUUUCUCACCAAUGUCCAAGGCUGACUUCGAUGCUGCAGUCGGAGCAAGUGCUACAUUUAUUGCCGCUAAAGUUGUACCUUCUACCCCUGCUGUGUCGGUUGACUUGUUCAACGGGUGGACUGCUGACAACACGGGGAUCAAACUGAUGGGAGCUUUAAAGGUCGACUGGAGCACUUGUUGCAAUUGAAUUUUCCUGCUAUUCUAUAUUAUCUGAGUCCUAUAUGCAUUCUCUUGAUGCCGACUCUUAUUAUUUAAUUAUUGGAUACGGCUUUCCCCGGAAAGGCACGCGACGCGACGUAUGGAGCAUUUUUCCUCGCUUUGGAUAUAAUUUAAAUAUAUUUUCCGAGAGCAUUGAGCAACUGUGAUGCAACACACAGGGAAACCAACAGACGCUUCAAUAACAUCAUGUGUGCCUUGGAUUUUGCUGAGAUAUAAGAAACAUGUGCUCAAUUUAUGUGAGAAGCAUGAAUUGAUUUCACUGUGAAGUUACAAAAAAAAAUUGGAAAUGAAGCGCCCGCAUUUCAUCCACAA